AUGUUUGCACAAUUUGUUGACACGAGAAGAGUGUUUAUUAUCAAUCGAUGUCUUCGGACGGGAGUUAACGGUAGAGAUUGGAGGCCAACACCCGAUGGCAAAGACGAAGAGGUGCUGACCAUUGAAAGGUCGCCGCCGGUCCUCAACAAGCAAUCGGUCAAUAGUAACAACGUUUUGGAUAUAAUGGCCAUCACUGGCCGCGAAGUGGACGACAGGCAUAUCGAUGCGUUGAGCGAAGACAUUGAUCCGGAAGUGUUGGACGAGUUGUCGCCGGCUUUGGUUCACAGUUUCAAUUUGGCCGCAUUUGCCGAGAAGUCAGCGACACUUCAAACGCUCGUUAAACUGGGCGUCAAUUUGUCGCUAAUUGAGCGCAAAAGUCCACAAACGGCUCAAAAUGUGUUAAAACUGGACUUUGAGUCCGAUAUAAAGCCUUACGUGCAAUGGUUGGUGGACUCGGGUGUCCCGCCCUCGCAAUUGGGUCUAUUGCUGACCAAAAACCCCCGUCUAUUGAGUCAACACAUCGAUGACCUGAAUGUGAGACUCAAUUAUUUGCGAUCCAAGCGAUUCACUCAACACAUGAUCGCAGAGAUUAUUAUAAAAGCGCCCAAAUUGUUGAAUAUUAGCACAAAAGGCAUUGACCACAACCUCGGCUUCAUUCAGAAGGAGUUCCACUUAACCGCCGAUGAACUCAGAAAUGUAGUCAUGAGUGACGCGAGAAUCGCUUUAUUACAUAACAUGUCUUAUCGGAAGUUGACGUUUGCCUUCAAAGAAGAGUUUGGUUUUAAUUCACACGAAAUUAAACACAUGUUAAUGAGAUUUGCGUCACUUUUCUACUCUAUUGCCAUCAAUGAGAGAAGGCAUCGAAAGUGUGUCCAAAUAUUUGAUUUAAUACACAAUGAAAUGAAAAUACCGCACGAAUUGAUCUAUAAAUUCCCGCAAAUAUUGGACCGGCAUUACGGCAUAAUAGAGGAGCGGCACCUAUACCUCAAUACGUUAGGUCGGGCCCAAUACGAGUCUAAAUUACCACUUUAUGUGCCGUUAAGUGCUUUCUGUGAAUUGGAUGACAUCCAGUUCUGCGACAAAAUCGCAAAAACUAAUGUUCACGACUUCAAUGCUUUUUGUAAAACACUGUAACCAUUCAAUUGUUAAAGCAAUUAAAGCUAAAUCCAAAUGUCAAUCAAUCAAAACCAAA